AAUUGAAGUGAAGUCUUUUACAUUCAUUUCUGCCUAUUCCUUAGCGUUGUUUCUCUCGAGCUUCGUCCAGGCGUUAUUUACAAUCACUAGAUCAUCCACCUUCACUACAUAUGGGCACCGUUACCACUUGAUUUAUGAAGACCUUGAUAUCUUCUUGAUCGAAAUUUCCGUUGCCAACUCUGCGAUUGAUACACAACAAAGAACAAUUACAACAUCACCGGCAGUCUGAACCAUGAUCUUCCAAGUCCUCGCGGUGGCCUUCGCUGGCAUCUCAGCUGUUCUCGCAGCACCUACACCACCACCACCACAUGGAGGCAUUCCACCACCAGACCUUGGUCCUCAAUACUUCUUCCGAUGCCAUGCUCCCGAGCAACCCUGGCACCAACGCCACCUGGUCCUCCUCCCAUCCUCGCAGCUCCUCGGCCUGGAGAACUUCACCGUGCACCCAACAACUCCCCCCUUCACCUUCACGCCCAUCCCCAUCCCCUCAACCCCCAACUACGCCUUCCGAGCCCCCUUCGCCGGCGACGACCGCACCGCAACACCCUACCUCUCCGCCAUCUCCACCACCGCCUCCCGCUCCUCCAAUCUCGGCGUCCUCCCCGGCCCAGACCCAAACCACAUCGCUCGGUGCCCCGAGCAGAAGAACUGCUCCGCCAACGCAUUCAGCGUCUACGACGGCGACACGGGGUUCAAGCGUCUGAGCCUCGAGGUCUUCCCGGGAGCCUUCGAAGCAGUCAAGGACGCGCCGAACGGCGAGGGCUGGCACGUGUAUUGGCGUGGUAGUGGGGGACCUACGGCAUGGGACCGCGCAAUCGAGUUCGACAUCGUGCCGAUUGAGCUGCUGGAGGAGAAGUAGCCACCUUUUCCUUUCUUUCCUCGAUGUUUCCAUGGGAGGUCUACACUUGUAGUCU